AUGAAGGCUUCUCUCAUCACUGCCCUCGCGGCCAUGUCCGCCUCUGUCGCUGCUGCUCCUGCUCAGACCACCGAGACCUGGUCCACUACAAUUGACCUCGGCGUCACUACCACCACUCUCCCUGCUACCACGACCACCUCUACCCUUGCUCCUACUGCGACCUCUGCUAUCGUUGAGGCCGUCAGCAAUGCUGAAAACAAGCAGGGUCAGGGCAGUGGACACAUCGUCCAGGAUGCCGGCCACGAGCUUGAUGGCAUCCUGACCAUCACUGGACCUAACGCCCAGAAGCUCUUGCUCAAGCUCGCCCCUGAGGUUGCGGGUCUUCUCUCCUCUCUCGGUCUCCCUCCUCUUGGAACUGCCGUCGGUUCCAUCGUCGCCAGCGCCAGCACCCUUGGUGAGCUUAUUACCGGCCUCGGCCCCAACGUUGACGGUCUGUUGACCGCUGUUGGUGAGGGCGGCGACUACCUGCUCAUCCAACUCUCCCCUGUUGUCGCUGGUCUUGUUUCUGGCCUCGGUCUUCCCGGUGUUGGUGUUCCCGUUGGUACUGCUCUUAUCACCGCUGGCAACAACCUGAAGCGUGACAAGGUCCUUGGAGACAUCAUCCCCAAUAUCAGGGAUGUCGUUGAGGUUGAGGGUGACAACGCUGAGCGUCUCCUCGUUCAGCUGAGCCCUUCCGUUGCUGCUCUCGUCUCUGGCCUCGGCCUUCCUGCCGUUGGUGUGCCCCUCGGCAAGGUUGUUGACGACGCCAGCGAGGUCGGCCAGCUUGUCAACCACAUCGGUGCCCCCGUUGAGCAGCUUCUCACCGUUGUCCGUGACGAUGGCAAGGCCCUCCUUAUCCACCUUUCUCCUGAUGUUGCUGCCACCGUUGCAGGUCUCGGCCUCACUGGUGUCGGUGCUUCCGUCGGUUCCGUUGUUGCCACCCUCAGCGACGAGCUUUAA